AUAGAGUCGACUUCUGAAGACCUUCUUAGCUUCUCUUUUGGGGAAGACGACGAGAACCGGGGGAGAGCUAGGGUUUCUAGACGUGGCCUCGCAUCACGAAAUCCAGCGUUCCAUCUGGCGCCGGAGAAGAUCUUCAGCAACGGAAACAGAAAUUCCGGCCAGAUUCUCCGGCUUCGGUGUCGUAGCCCCAGCCCAAUUUCUUUCUUUUAGAAUCCUCAAAAUUCGGUUUUUUGGAGAUAUGUGGCAUGAAAUUAGCGGAAAUUUCUGCUACGUUUUCCCAAUUCUCGUCGCCGCCAUUGUAGUUCGUGCGGCAUAUGUGUUGUAUUGGACUGGAAGAUCCCUCAGAGCCUCUGCAUCAGAGAGAGUUAGAACUCUCAUUGUUCUCGGGUCAGGAGGCCACACGGCGGAAAUGCUUAGCAUAUUGAAUGUGCUUCAGAAGGACAAAUUUGUGCCUAGAUACUACGUUGCAGCUGUGACGGAUAACAUGAGCCUUCAGAAGGCUCGCGUUUUGGAGGAGUCGUUGGUCCAGCAGGGGAAGAAUAGUGGAAGAGAUAUCUUAGAGGCUGCUCAGUUCAUGCAGAUUUAUCGAAGCCGUGAAGUGGGUCAGUCUUAUUUUACCUCCAUUGGAACAACUUUGAUUGCAAUAGUACAUGCACUGUGGUUAACAUUACAAAUUAGACCUCAAGUGAUCAUCUGUAAUGGUCCUGGGACCUGCAUUCCGCUCUGUGUUUCUGCGUACCUUUUCAAGGUACUCGGCCUCAGAUGGUCAACAAUCUUUUAUGUGGAGAGCAUUGCAAGAGUUAGGAAGCUCUCCUUAAGUGGCUUGUUUCUCUACAAGUUACACCUAGUUGAUCAAUUUGUUGUGCAAUGGCCCCAGUUGCAAAAGAAGUAUCCCAGAGCACACUAUGUUGGUCGUCUGAUGUAAAAUCUUUGGCUCGUGCUGACCCUGCAACAGAAGAUCCUCGAUGAGAUCUACACCUCCAGCCAAAGUAAUCUGGGCUUCUCCAUAAAUUGGGGAGCAAUAUUUUCCCAUGAGCCUCCAAAAACAGAAGCAGCAAUAACUGUCUAACCGACGUGGUCGAUGGUACAAUUCAAUCCAAGCCUAGAUUUUUUAAGACUUAUGAUUUUGAUAGCGGUAGAAUUUUUUGUUUUAGCCACUUGGAGAGGGGAGUUCUAUGUGAUUUAAAAGUAGGAUAUCUCCCAUCUGUGGGAUUGUGUAUUAUUUAUUGGGCCACUUCAACCCACUUAUAUGCUGUUGCUAUCACCAACCCAAUUAUCUGAUAGUGCUGCUAUGAAUUGAACUUGCCAUGAUAGUGCAUUGACUAUGAAACUGUUUUUCUUUUUCGAAGUCAAUGGAUGCUUUCAUGAUUA